AUGGUCUCCUUCACACUCCUCCUGACCGCCCUCACGGCGACGGUGACCCAAGUGGCCGCCAGCCCGCUGGAACUGCUCAAGCGCGGCAUCCAGCCAGGCCAAGGCACGCACGAUGGCUUCUUCUAUUCCUUCUGGAAGGACAACCCGGGCACAGUCGACUUCAACCCAGGCCCGCGCGGCUCGUAUCGCGUAAGCUGGUACAACGUGAACAAUUGGGUUGGCGGCAAGGGAUGGAACCCCGGCCCGCCGCGUAAGGUUGCGUAUAACGGUACUUGGAACAACUACAAUGUCAACAGCUACCUUGCGCUCUACGGAUGGACCACCAACCCUCUGGUCGAGUACUACAUCGUCGAAGCCUACGGCACAUACAACCCGUCGACAGGUGCCUCCCGCCUCGGCACGAUCGAGGACGAUGGCGGCGUGUACGACAUCUACCGCACACGGCGCAUCAACCAGCCGUCGAUUGUCGGCACGGCGACCUUCGACCAGUAUUGGUCGGUCAGGCGCACCAAGCGUGUCGGCGGCACCAUCGACACGGGCAAGCACUUUGAUGAGUGGAGGCGCCAGGGCAACUUGCAGCUUGGUCAGUGGAACUAUAUGAUUAUGGCCACUGAGGGCUAUCAGAGCAGCGGGUCGGCAGAGAUUGAGGUUUGGGAGGUUCGGUAA